AUGUCGUCUGAUGAGGAGAGUGGACAUAACCCCAACGAAACCGGCUAUGACUGCGCACUUUGUGAGGAACCGAAUCAUGCCGACGGUAACAUGGUCUACUGCCGCAGGUGUAGCCGAUGGUUCCAUUUCAAGUGUGCUAAAGUGACCGAGGCGGUCAAAGAUAUGACUUGGAGCUGCGAAGACUGUCGACAUGUCGGAGGUGCUUCCAAUGUGACAGAGAGCAUCGUAGAAGUGACUAACUCGACAGGUGAUGCCAAAUCCCCCGACGCUGUGGGCCCGAAGUCGCCGUCCCAGACUACAACGGAGGAUAGAGUGCAAGAUGAGGGAUCCGAUAAGCAAGACGAGGCCGACGUACAGCUUCAGCGCGAACUGGAGCAGAUGCGGAAGAACUUUCUUCGGCAAAUGCAACGAGAGAACGAGAAACGCAUGAUGCAGUUGGCUUUGGAACGCGAAAUGCUCCAAAUGAGGAAGGAUGCCGAAGCAGAAUUUCGAAAGCAAAGGAUUGAGUUAUACAAGGAGUUCCAAUUCGAGGAAGCGCCCCUCGACGGCGAAGAGAAUGCUAUCGGUGGCGUUUCCGAGCAAAAUCGUGAGCCAGCUCUGGCGGAAAUGGCAAGAGUGUGGACGGAUAAUCAGCCAAUCACCGCAGGUCAAAAUAAGCCUGUCCAUGAUAUCCGGGGAGCCUAUCCCAAAAAUUCCACGCCCAAUAAUGCCACACGGCUCGGCAACAUCAGAAACACUGAGCAACCGUUUCCGUCGAUUCUCGAGGAUGAAACGCCGCUUCGAAAUCCUCAAUUACCAUUCACCAAGGUAGACAAGCCUGCCGUGCAGCCUCUGCCUGUGAAUCGACUAAAUAAUCCUCAAGUAAGUAACGCUUUCCGCAGUUUCGCAAUCCCUCCGGGGGCUCCCGUUGUAUUUCGAAGUCAAUUAGAUCAGCCGUCCCAGCACCUCCCUGUACCGGAGGCAGAGCCGGAGCUGACGAAAUCUCAAAUAGCUGCACGGAAAGGACCGUUUUCGAAGCUGCCAAUUUUCACAGGACGUCCAGAAGAGUGGCCCCUCUUCGUGAGCAGUUUUAACAAUGGAAACAGAGCGUGCAACUGGUCCAAUCUUGAAAACCUCGGGAGACUUCAGGAGAGCAUCAAAGGGCCGGCUUUGGAGGCAGUAAGAAGUCGACUCCUCCUGCCGGAGUCGGUUCCACAGGUAAUUGAAACGCUUCGGCGUCUUUAUGGGAGGCCCGAACAGCUCCUUCAUUCGCUUAUGCAGAAGGCGCGCAAAGCAGAAUCACCCCGUGUCGAUCGCCUCGCGAGCUUUAUUAGUUAUGGCAUGGUCGUUCAACAACUCUGUGACCAUCUGGUAGCCUCUGGACUCGUGGACCAUUUGGUGAACCCUAUGCUCAUCACUGAGUUGGUGGAAAAGUUACCACCCAGCACUAAACUAGAAUGGGUAAGGUAUAAGCGCCAGCAAAAUGCAGUUACGUUGAGCACAUUUUCGGAUUUCCUGUCCGGAAUAGUAUCGGAAGCAUCUGAAGUCACCCUUUAUAUGGACAGUACUACAGAAGCCCGUUCCAACCGGAACAGAAAGGAGAAACAGCGGAAUGAUAAGAACGAAGGUUUCCUGAACACACACGUGGGAAUCGAACAAUCUUCUCAUCAACCGAAGGGACUGCAAAAGAGCGACGGUCAGUUCCCAAGCCGAAAGCCGUGCCGCGGUUGCGAUCGGACAGAUCAUCGCACCCGAUUCUGUGACGAAUUCAAGAAACUGGCCUUGGAAGAGCGGAUCAAGAUAGCUGAAAAGUGGAAACUUUGUCAGUUGUGCCUUAACGAACACGGACAAUCUCGCUGCCGUUUCAAGAAUCACUGCUCCGUUGGGGACUGCAAAGACCGUCAUCAUCCCCUUCUCCAUCCCUCCGAUCCAGUUGCAACUUUAUCGACGAGCUGUAACGUGCACAACUCGGACCAACAUCCAGUAAUCUUUCGCAUGGUGCCCAUCAAGCUCCACAACGGUAAGCGUACGCUGGAUGUAAUCGCUUUCUUAGAUGAAGGAUCUUCGUACUCGUUGAUUGAAAGCAGCGUUGCCGAGGAGAUGAAGCUAGGUGGUUUGUGGAGGCCGAUACUCGUGAAGUGGACGGCGGGCAUGAGUCGUCUGGAACGUGACUCCAGAUGCGUCAAUGUGUCAGUUUCGGCCAAGGGUUCUAAUGAGAAGCUCUUGCUUCGCAACGUCCAUACAGUUCAGAAACUGCAAUUACCGGAACAGAGAAUAAAGUUCGCUGAAAUCACGGCCCGAUUCAAGCAUCUCAAGGGAUUACCAGUUGCAGACUGCCAGAACGGUCCGCCUAGGAUUCUCAUCGGUCUCAAACACCUUCAUGUGUACGCACCUCUCGAGUCUCGUGUCGGCCAACCUGGUGAGCCAAUCGGGGUUCGAACGAGACUUGGGUGGACAAUCUACGGCCCACAAGGAAACGCUGAAGAGUCGGUCGGGUUUGCUGGUCACCAUACAUCAGGUGAGUUGACAGAUCAAGCUUUACACGAGCUCCUUCGAAGACACUUCACGCUGGAAGAGUCUGGGGUCUCAGUUACUGUUCUUCCCGAAUCUGCCGAAGACCGCAGGGCUCGGGAAAUGCUGGAGAAGACUACCGUUCGUGUUGGCGAACGAUUUGAAUCUGGCCUUUUGUGGAAGGACGAUCAUCCGCAGCUACCAGACAGCUUCCCAAUGGCGCUCAAGCGGAUGAAAAACUUGGAGCGCAAAUUAGUCAACAAUCCUGAACUGCGAGAAAAUGUAGAGAAACAAAUCGAGGAAUAUCAGCGUAAAGGUUACGCCCACGUCGCUACACCGGAGGAACUUGCAGCCGCUGAAUCAGGAAGGGUUUGGUAUCUUCCUCUAAACGUAGUCCAGCACCCGAAGAAACCCGGAAAAAUACGACUGGUGUGGGACGCUGCGGCGUGCGUUCAAGGAAAAUCACUGAACAGUGAACUGCUGAAGGGACCUGACCUUCUCACGAGUCUACCGACAGUAAUAUGCCAUUUCCGGGAGCGACCAGUCGCCUUUGGCGGCGACAUCAUGGAGAUGUACCAUCAGGUACAGAUCCGUCCAAACGAUAGGUCUGCCCAGAGGUUUUUGUUCCGCCCGAAUGGUUCGGGUCCCCCAAUAGUCUUCACCAUGGACGUAGCUACAUUCGGCUCGACAUGCUCGCCUAGUACUGCCCAGUACGUCAAAAACUACAACGCAAAGGAAUUUGCUGAUCAGUUUCCUGACGCAGUCGAGGCCAUUAUUAAAAAACACUAUGUGGACGAUUAUUUCGAUUCCACCGAGACGGUCGAGCAAGCCAUCACUCGAGCUCGUGAGGUAGCUUUCAUUCACGCCAAAGCGGGAUUCAAAAUCAGGAAUUGGGUCUCAAACAGCUUCGAAUUUCUACGGCACUUUGGCGAGAACGAUGCCGGUCAAGUAAUUCACUUCAAUAGUGAUAAAAUCACAGGCACUGAGAGGGUGCUGGGAAUGUCGUGGGAUACCGUGAAUGAUGUCUUCCAAUUUUCCACAAAAUUCCGCGAUGAUCUUGAGCCUUUUAUGAUGGGGGAACGACAGCCGAGCAAACGAAAUGCGCUGAGCUGUAUUAUGAGCUUUUUUGACCCCCUCGGCUUGCUGGCGUUGUACGUUGUCCAUGGGAAAAUGAUCAUUCAAGGUCUCUGGCGAAAUGGAUGUUCGUGGGACCAGACCAUCGAUGGAGAAUCUUUGAAGAAGUGGUCACGAUGGAUAGCACUUUUACCACAGGUAGAGGCCAUGAGAAUUCCUCGCUGUUAUUUUUCCUCUGCUGACCCGUUGGACUACGAUAAUCUUCAGCUCCACGUGUUCACAGACGCUAGCGAAGACGCAUUUGGCUGCGUCGCAUAUUUUCGUAUUUUGGUCAAAGGAAGACCUAGAUGCGCGCUCGUAUCAGCGAAGUCAAAGGUGGCUCCUUUGCAACACUUGUCUAUCCCUCGGCUAGAAUUGCAAGCGGCGGUGUUGGGGUCUAGGCUUGCGGCUACAGUAAAGGAAAACCAUUCCCUUGAAGUGAAACAACUGUUCCUGUGGACGGAUUCUCGUACGGUCCUUUCCUGGAUACGUUCGGACCACAAGAGGUACAAGCAAUUCGUGGCGCAUCGCAUCGGUGAAAUCCUGAGCAUUACAAGCGUUGGCGACUGGCGCUGGGUCCCAACCAAGAGCAACGUAGCUGAUGUGCUGACCAAGUGGGCAAACGGUCCGCCUCUAGAAUCCAACGGAAGGUGGGUUAAUGGACCAGAGUUUCUGUAUCACCCGGAAGAAGAAUGGCCCCUAAGCGAAAUGCCAGCACCAAAUGUGGAGGAAGAACUGCGGGCGUAUUUUCUGCUUCACGAAAUCAGUUUCUCAACUUCUAUAAUAGACACCACCCGGUUCUCUCGCUGGAACAGGCUGGUAAGAUGCGUUAAUUGCGUAUUUCGGUUCAUCUCGAACUGCAGGAGGAAGAAAAGAGGAUUGCCGAUCGAAACACUUCGGGUUCCGGCCAAAAUGAGUCAACUGGUGAGAGCAUCGAUUCCAGCCGUUCAACUACCAUUCGUAAGCGAGGAGUACCUGAAUGCAGAAAACUACCUAUGGAGAAUGGCCCAGCAAGACGAAUUUGGCGAUGAAGUCAAGACCCUUUUGAAGAAUCGUCAACUACCACAGCACAAGCAGCACUCCAUCGAUCGAAAUAGCGUACUCUACAAAUUGUCCCCUUUCUUGGACGAUGCUGGAGUGAUUCGAAUGGAAGGAAGAACGGUACAAGCGGACUUCAUUCCCUUCGAGCAACGGUGCCCAAUAGUACUUCCUAAAGGGCAUGAUAUCACCACCAAGCUUCUUGCGCACUACCACCAUAAUUUCGGCCAUGCCAACCGAGAGACGGUGGUGAAUGAAAUCAGGCAACGGUUCUUCAUCCAGAAUCUUCGAGCAGCAGUACUGCAAGUCAUAAAAGGUUGCGCGUGGUGUAAAGUUCACAAAUGUCGGCCGACUUUCCCCAGGAUGGCCCCGUUACCAGUCCACCGCAUCACACCACAAUUACGUCCGUUUAGUUUCGUGGGGGUUGAUUAUUUCGGCCCGGUGACUGUCUCGGUUGGACGGCGCUCGGAAAAGAGGUGGAUUUGUCUAUUCACAUGCUUGGUGACUAGAGCAAUUCACAUGGAGGUUGCACACAGUCUAAGCAGUCAGUCGUGUAUUAUGGCCAUUCGUCGAUUCAGUUGUAGAAGAGGUGCCCCAAAGCAUUUUUUCUCGGACAAUGGCACAAAUUUUCAGGCGGCUAGCAAGGAAAUCAUCGGAGACGUUCGCCAAAUUGUUUUAGAGUGCGCAGAAGUCUUUACCGACGCCAGAACCCGUUGGAGCUUCAACCCGCCCUCAGCACCCCACAUGGGCGGUAGCUGGGAGCGCUUGGUCAGGUCUGCAAAGGAAGCUAUGAAGGCACUGCACGAUGGACGUAAACUUUCAGAUGAAAUUCUUCUCACGGUAUUGGCCGAGGCUGAGGACAUGGUAAAUUCGAGGCCCCUCACAUACGUUCCACAAGAGUCAGCGGAAAUUGAAGCUCUCACACCGAACCACUUUCUUCGUGGACUGCCUGCCGGGGAGCGCGAAGUGGUCAACAUGCCAACCAGUUCUGCAGAAGCAUUGAGGGACAACUACAAGAGGUCUCAGGAGUUAGCGGAUAUGCUAUGGAAAAGAUGGCUGAAAGAGUACAUCCCAACGGUCAAUCUACGGACUAAGUGGCACGAGGAGCAAGAAGCAAUUAGGGAAGGCGAGUUAGUGUACAUAGCAGAUGGGAACAACCGUCGCACUUGGAUCCGUGGAAUCGUGGAGAAGCUGAUUAGAGGUAUUGAUGGUAGAGUGCGACAGGUCAUGGUAAGAACGGCGAAAGGAUUAUAUCGACGACCGGUAGCCAAGCUUGCGGUAAUGGAACUUCGUAGUAAAUCUGGUCGGAUUCCAGGCCCUGAACCAGAGUUACGGGAGGGGGAGAUGUUGCCGCCGAACGCUUGA